GCAAUUUGUGAAUCUUCGUACAAAGUUAUUCACAAAAUUAAUCAAAAUUCUGAUGAUUCAGACAGAACAAAGGUACAUUUACCUGAUAAAACAUUAGCUGAACUACAAUUAGAAGUUGAAUUACCUAAUAAUGACUAA